GGGAGGUCCAGGGUGUACUGUACUGAGUAAAAAGCUUUGUAAAACCCGAACUAACUCAUUGACUAGAAAUAGAAUCGAAAACAAAACAGAAUUUGAAAAGGGAAAAUGGGAAAAUCGUUCACAUUAGUUCAAACAGUAACCACAGCUGGAGUUUUCUCUGCCGUUUCCUUCUGGUAUGGUUUCAUGUUUGGAAGAGAGUCAGCUCGGAAAGAGCUUGGAGACUUAAUUGAAGAUCUUCGCCGUGGAAAUCCGAAUUCAAUUGAAGAGAAUCAGCUCGGAAAGAGCUUGGAGACUUGAGAGAACCUUGGGAUUUUGACUUUUAACUCCUCUUCUUCUGUGUUAUUGUGAGUUAAUUGUUUCCUGCCAUAAUUAUUUUUUUGCUCUAUUAUUUUUAAAGGAAAAUCUGUACAUGUGUAAUAGUGCUGCUGAUCUUAACAAGCAUUGGCCUAGUAUUAUUAAUUAACGCGUAGUUAUUUUUUUAUUUAAGUAUUUUGAAUUUAGAUUUACA